AUGUGCUUUUCAAAGGCGGUGGUGGGCACAGGGAAUCGUUGUUCUUCAUGGUACUGCGACCGACAGAUUCCGACAGAACACUAUGCCUCCUUUAAAUCCUUUGUUUUGCAAGAACACGCUGACGUUCCAGAGAAUCAAUGUGCAGCCGCUAAAAUUACCUAUAAAUCCACCGGCCAGUAUAAAGUAGGCAUUCUGAACCGCCGGAAAUCACGACAUAUCACCAAUAUACCCGAACUCAUUGCCCGCUUAUCAGACAUGAAUCAAAAGCAGGAUGGUAUAGAUUUUCAGAUUAGCUUGUUGGAUUUUGAUCAGCCCGAAUGCGAUAUUAUCAAUACAGCUCACUUGGUGAAAGAUUUGGAUAUCAUGAUCGCUCCGUUCGGUAAUGGAUUGGGAGCAGGGUUGUUUAUGAAAGAGGAUUCGGUACUCAUUGCGAUUUCAGCAAGAUACUGGAAUGAGCCGUGGUUCAAAUACCCAAUGACAGCCAUUGGAAGACGCAUCUUUAAUUUUGAAUGCCAAAGUGAGGUCUGUAAGGAAUAUGACGAAACACUCGCCAAGAAGAUUUUGUGGGAUGACUAUCAGAUCGCGUUGAAUCAGACUGAAAUGCAAGAGUUUUUGACGACACACAAUCCGGAACAUAUUCUAGGGCCGUAUUUACCUACAAAAGAACAAGCCUGGGAGCCGUUUCUAAAGUUUUACAAGAAUACAGCGCGUAGAGUAGAUGUGGAGAGAUUUGUACCCUAUUUGAAAGAAAUCAUGAAAAACAAACCACCCAAGAAUAUGAGCUAUCCCGAAUCAUGCAAGACACCCAAUGUAUGUUGUGAUCUAGACUGUAAAAUACCCUUAGAACGAAAUGUGUUUGGCGAAAAAAGUGCUUGGAAAAACUACCUUUAA